AUGGGCGAUGGAAGAGAUAUUGAACGACAGCCAUUGAUUCAAAAUGAUGGAACUGGAAGCCUUAGGAAUCAAGGAUCCUAUACGGAAGGUUCUCAAACCACGACGGUUUCCCCUAUAGGUCCUGAUGAGUUGCCACCGUCUUACCAGGGAAGUUCGGCCAGUGGCGUGCCCAUGGUCACUUGCAGGGUGUGUCAGGCCAUGGUCGAUAUUUCAGGCAAACGCGAACAGCAUGUCGUCAAAUGCAAUCAGUGCAAUGAAGCCACACCUAUCCGCAAUGCACCACCAGGCAAGAAGUACGUUCGAUGUCCAUGCAACUGUUUAUUGAUUUGCAAAAGUUCAUCUCAAAGGAUAGCUUGUCCGAGACCAAAUUGCAAACGCAUAAUAAAUUUAGCACCUAGUCCUGUGACACCACCUGCUCCUCACGGUGGAAAUUCUUCGUUGCCAGGAAUGUGCAGGGUUUGCUGUGCUCAUUGUGGGGACACGUUUCUUGUAAGUUGA